UAAAUGCUUCGGGAGUUUAUAUAUAAUUAACAGUAAAUUAAACAAUGUUACAUUCAAAUAUUCAGACGAUGUAAGUAAAUUAACGGAGAAAGUGAUUUACACGAAUGUAAAGUUAACGAAGCGUGUAAUGUGAUUUAUGAACGAUUUUGGGCAUCUAGUUUAACAGAAAGACUUUGUCGUUGUCCUAAUAGAAAGGAAUGCCCGUGGCAAUGGAUGAAAAAAACCUGAAAAUUCAUCCCUUCGGUUGAAUAAUAAAUCGUAUAUGAAGUUUUGUUCUACAAUAAUAAAGAUGAAUGUAUGUACGCAUAGUGAAGAGGCAGUACAAAUAUAUGGUAAAAGUGAUAGAGAUAAUUCUUAUUUAACGCCAUAUAAUGUAACUGUAAACUGCAUUUGCCCAGAAUCACAUUACUGGAGGCUUCAAAAAUACAUGUACGAAGAAAAUGAUCUCAUUAUGCAAACAUUCAAAUGUGUCAAGAAAAGAACAUGGAUUGCUGAUGAAUUUUGUGGACAUAUACGAACUGAUAUAUAUUCAACAUAUUACAGAUGUACUUGUCCCCAAAAUCAUUUGUGUGUCUUUAAGGAUCAAAAUAGGGAAAAUGUUCAAGAACUACUUAUUCUGGGCCUGCUUACAAAGGGUUCUGUCUUCCAUUCAAAAAUAUGUAACGUUUAAUUAUUUUUAAGAACAAU